AAAUCGUGUUAUUUUCCUUGAUUGGAAAACAAUGCGGAGUUCACAAAAAUUGCUGAAGCCCUUAAUAGGCAAUGUUAUCAAAAAAGCUACGUACUCGACCAAAACCGAUAGACCUUACUCUACUGCGAUCGGUGUAAUGCCAGAUGAAUAUGAGACUAUCCCUCAGCAUUACGAACCAAGUGUUUCUGAUAUUAAGCCUUACUCGGAGGUGCCUGGUCCCAGAGAAUUCCCUUUAAUUGGAAACUCGUGGCGCUUUGCCCCUUUAAUCGGUCAAUACAAGAUUCACGAAUUGGAUAAAGUCAUGUGGAGUUUGUACAAAGAUUUCGGGAAGAUCGUCAAGGUUGGCGGAUUGAUCGGUCAUCCAGAUCUGCUGUUCGUGUUCAGCGGCAACGAUAUCCAAAAAGUAUUUAGGAAGGAAGAGGUUCUACCGCAUAGACCGUCUAUGCCGUCUCUCCACUACUACAAGCAACAUCUCAAAAAGGAAUUCUUCGAGGGUAAUGAGGGUGUUAUAGGGGUGCACGGCCCUAAGUGGGAUGAUUUUCGAAAGCAGGUACAGCAGAUCCUCUUGCCACCGGCAACAGCUAAAAAGUACAUAGACCCACUGAACGUGAUAGCCUCGGAUUUCCUUGAUAGGAUGGAUGACAUGAGGGAUUCCAAUGAUGAGCUUCCUUCGAACUUCCUUUCCGAAAUCUACAAGUGGGCUCUCGAAUCGGUAGCCCGUGUUGCUCUUGAUAUAAGGUUGGGCUGCCUGAAUCCUGAUCUGGCUGAAGAUUCGGAAUCGCAGCGGAUCAUCGACGCGAUCAACACGUUCUUCUGGAAUGUAGCCGAGGUCGAGCUGAAGAUGCCCGUCUGGCGAGUCUACAAGAACAAAUCCUUCCGGAAAUACAUCGGCGCUUUGGAGGACUUCAGAACCGUCUGCAUGAAGUACAUCGAACAGACCAUGGACAAAAUGCAAGUGAAGAACUACGAUAACAUCAAGGAGGAGGACAUUUCUAUAGUGGAGCGUAUUCUUCAGAAGACCCAAAAUCCAAAGCUGGCGGCCGUACUUGCCUUGGAUUUGCUUUUGGUCGGAGUUGACACUACUUCCAUCGCUUUGGCCUCGACCAUCUACCAGCUCACCCAAAACCAAGCCAACCAGGACAAACUCUACGCCGAACUUAAAGCAGUCAUGCCCAAUAAGGAUUCCAAAGUUGAUGCUACAGUUCAAGAGAACAUUCCUUACCUAAGAGCCUGUAUCAAGGAAACUUUAAGAAUGUAUCCCGUUAUAAUUGGGAAUGGAAGAAGUCUUCAAUCGGAUACAGUGAUUUCCGGUUACAAAAUCCCAAAAGGCACGCACGUAAUUUUUCCACAUCUGGUAGUGAGUAACAUCGACACAUACUUCGACCAGCCGGAAACCUUCCGACCUGAAAGAUGGAUCAAGAAGUGUCCGGUAAAGCACCAUCCUUUCGUCUCCCUUCCAUUUGGUUAUGGUAGGAGGUCGUGUCUUGGUCGUCGGUUCGCCGAAGCGGAACUGCACAUAAUGCUAGCUAAGAUAUUCCGGAAGUACAAGGUGGAAUACAAUUACGGGGAAUUAACCUAUAAGAUCACGCCCACCUACGUACCGGAACAACCACUGAAAUUCAAACUCACGGAACGCAAAGAUUGAGAAAUUUGCACCCAAACUA